AUGCCUUCAGAUAUUCUGGCUCCAGAGGACAACACGACCAUAAAGAAGGCCGUUCCAGGUCUCGAAAUAUUGGCAUCGACGGCAGCUCGAGUAUACGAGGCCCGAAGUGGCUAUGAAUGGACAUAUACUCAGAAAUGUGGUGCUAUAGUGCUCACACGGGACGCAAACACACGCCAAACUGCUCUGAAACUGGUCGAAUUGGGCACUAAACGAGGUGUCAUUUGGCAAGAGACGAUUGGGUCGGAUAUACAGUAUUAUCAGGAAAAGCCAUUCUUUCAUUCGUUUGUUGGACAGAAUUACAUGAUUGGAUUGUCGUUUGCUGAUGAGUAUGAGGCAUCGGCAUUCUUUGACCAAGUUCAAGGAAGGAAUUCUGCAAGAUCAAGUACUGUGGCACCUGCUGCAUCGAUACCUAAAUCCUCAAGCACAAAGGACAUUAGUAAAGAGACCAAGAAAGAAGCUGCCAAAGCCGAAAAGAAGGAGAAGAAGAGCAAGAAGGGCGGCAAGAUUGAUAAGAGCAUGAUUGGAGCUCCUAUGGAUUUCAAACACGUCUCAGGUGUCGGAUAUGACAAAAAGACUGGAUUCAGUGCCCAUAAUAUUCCUCCUGAAUGGAAGCAAAUCUUUGCUAAAGCUGGCAUCACUGAAGACCAAUUGCAAGAUCGAACUACAGCAAAAGUUGUUCGCAAGUUUAUGCAGCAGCAUGGUGGAGUUCAGCCUACAAGGAGACCUCCACCGCCUCCUCCUGGUGCUUCAGCUGUAAAACGUCCACCACCUCCACCGCCUCCGUCGCGAGGAAGUAGACCACCACCGCCACCACCUCCUAGUAGAGGAGGAGGAGGAGCUCCAGCAACAGAUAAUUUUAAUUCUUAUACUCCACCACCGCCUCCAAGACCAGUAACAACAGGAGGAGGAAUGGCUCCGCCACCUCCAGCAAGAGGUGCUGCUCCUCCACCACCAGCUCGACCAUCCGGCGGCGGUGCACCUCCACCUCCUCCACCACCACCCCCACCCAACUUUGGUGGUGCUCCAUCAUUCAGCAGUGGUGGUGGCGCUCCACCUCCACCACCUCCUCCACCACCAGGAUUUGGCGGCGGUGGUGGUAACUCGUUUGCACCACCGCCACCUCCACGUGGUGGCGGCGCUCCCAUGGCUCCUCCUCCUCCACCAGCAUUUGGCGGUGGUGCUGACGGUCGCGUCGAUUUAAUGGCUGCUAUCCGAGGCGCACAAGCAGUUGGUUUGAAACAUGUCGAUCCUAGUGAUGAGCCUGAAGAGGAGGCUGGGGGAGAUGAUUUGGCAAAUGCUUUGAAGGCUGCACUGAUGGCGCGUCGUAAUAAGACUGGGGAUUCUGAUUCAGAUGAGGACGAUGAUGAUGAAGAGGAAGAGUGGGAUGAUUAG